GCUUUUACUCCCCCCGUCUCACGAGACGUCCCCAAUUUUGCCUUGGCUUGGUAUCGUGUCUCUGUGUACAAAAAGCAUAACUCAAAACUAACAACACGCCUUAAUUUCUUUUUUCUUUCUUAAUCUCUCCUAUUGAAACAAGAUUCUCUAAAAGUGAAAAAUGGCUGAUGCUAAGAACAAAUUUGAAUCUGUCAGGGAAUGGGUCGCUGAGCACAAGCUUCGAACUGUUGGGUGUCUAUGGCUUAGUGGAAUUGCUGGCUCAAUCGCCUAUAAUUGGUCUCAACCCAACAUGAAAACCAGCGUUAGGCUUAUUCACGCCAGGUUGCACGCACAGGCGCUCACGCUGGCUGCAUUAGCCGGUGCUGCAGUGGUCGAGUACUAUGAUCAUAAAAGUGGAGCAAAGGCUGAACAAUAUGCAGGGUACAUCCCGCACAAGGACAGCAAAUGAUGUGGAAUGGAUUAAGCAUGUAGUUAGCCAUAUUAACAAGGAUGGGUAUGAAUAACAAUAUAUGUAAGAAGAGGCAUAAGUUUUGACCCCUUCAAAUUUUUUCAGUUCCAUACUGUACCUGAUUCAUUCGAUACUGGCUUUUUGGUGUACUCUAAAGGGGAGAAAAUGAAACUGAGAAUGAAGUUCCUUUUCAGGUGUGCCUGUUGGCGAGAGGGAACACAUGUUUGUUCAGAGAACAAAAUUUGAAUUUGAUAUUACAAUGUAUUUCCUAUAAAUGAGUUCUUUAAAUUCUUGUGAAA